ACUCGUACGCUAACCCAGACGCAUGUCAGCGACUCCGAUUCUGAUAGGCAAUUCACAAUCCGAUCCCCGCAAGUACGGUGAAGCCACUGCACAAAUACGGCGACCUAUGGCACAAAUUCGCUUUGUUCUGAACUUGGCCUCGCAGAAUGCCGACGGUGUGGCCACGGUCACGACCACUGUGUUCAACCGCCUCCCGUCCCUCCCGGUCUCGCUUUCCAGCUUCUCCCUUACCACGAUGAACCCCAAUGCACCCUCAUUUAUUCCUCACGACUGGCUACGAGAAUCUGUUACCCCCAAAGCACGUCCGUUUACCCUUCCAGUAACAAACUUAACACCAAUUCCUGUCAUCCCCAAUGGCACCUCGGAGGGCCACAAACCAGCCGAGAUCAUGCUCCAGCCCAGAAUACCGAGGCGCAACCUAGCGACGUUACAGGCCCAAAAGCGCUUGCUGGAAAGCCUCCUUCCAACUGAGCCGACACGUUCUAAGAGCACCACGCCCUGCCCGACGCGUCCCCCCGUCCCGACGCUCGAAACGGCUGCUGGGCCACAAGCGAUCCCCAUAGUCACGCCAAUACCGCGUCCCGCAGAAUCCGCGCUGUACCAGCCCACACUUGCCCCACCAGCGCAAUACAUCGCGAUUCAGAAUGUUCAGGCCACCACGCCCAUGGGCAAGCUUGAGUCCGUGCUGGUCGAUUGCGUGACUCCCGUUCAGCUGCUCGCGUCCCUCUCACAUGUCGAGGGGCGGUUCCCGCAGUUGAUCGCAGAGCGACUCGAGGGGGCCGAGCGGAUCAAGCGGGGCGCGCCCGAGUGGGAGGUGCGCCUGCUGGAGUCGUCGCGGUGGUGGAAAGUGCACGCAGAGCUGCUCCGGCUCGCGCACGCCGUGUAUGAGUGCGAGUCGGACGAGGUUUGGCGCGUCUUCGAGCGGCUUACCUGGCACUUGUGCAUGAACAUGCCUGGUCAAGAGGGGGAGAAGGCUAGGUCUCAAGAAACGAAUCAAAAUACCGCCUGAUACGACUGAUUCCAUGUGCUUGUCAUCGUCUACUUAACUUACCAGCUGUCGUCACACGCUUCGCUUUGCUAUCCACGUUCUGUGAUUCAUUUGGCUCUAUCACUCUAUCGCUGCUGUCGUUAGCUAUGACCGACACGUCCUUACUUACGCCCACGACUCCUGAUGCCACUGCGAUGACGUGUUACGCUGUACCUAUAGUAGUCAAAACAUCAGUCUUGUACCCGCU